AUGUCCGCAAACAAACCCCCGACAGGUUUCCCCAACGUUGAGGCCAAGCUGCAGACAGCUUCCAAACAAUCCGCAUUCGAGAAGCAAAAACAGGAGGCAGAGGCGAAGCGCAAACGCGAGGCUGAGGAGACAGCUGCCGUUUACGAGAGCUUUGUCAAGAGCUUUGACAACGACGACGACGACGACGACCCUCUCAACCAGUUUACGCGAUCACGCGGCUCACAACAUGGAACACCCUACGGUCGUGGCGGCAGCGCGCUCGGAGGGGGCGCGGCAAGACGGCAUUUUGGCGCCAGCAUGGGCAGCACUGCCGGCUCGAUGAAGAGCGGCCCUGGCUCUCUAGGUCCCAAAGAGAAGGGGGUCGACAGAGCUCACGAUGGAUACCGUGCUGUUGGGCGCGCCGGGUUUGAAGAUGCAGACCUUACAUCCACACCCACAAAAUCCGUCAACCAAGCCUUCGACGUCAGCGAUGACGAAGCUGAAAGCGCCCGGAUUCGUGAUCAGGCAGAGGAGAAGGCGGUCGCCAAGCCUACGUUGCGUUUAGCAAGUCUCCCUCUUGGCACAUCACCGGCUUUCGUCAAAGCGCUGCUACCCUCGGAUCUCGCUGUAGAGAACGUUAAGAUCCUCCCGCCCACAGCUCAAUCUGUCAACACCGAAAAGAGAUCUUUCACAGCCAUUGUGACAGUGUCAAAGGAGACACCAGCAGCGGAUCUGGACUCCGCGGUCAGCGCAUUGCAAAACCGCUACCUUGGCUACGGAUUCUAUUUGACGAUACACCGUCAUUUGUCCUCAGCGGUAUCGACUGCUGCCGCGGCAUCUAACCUAUCCUCCUCGGCAGCUGCAUCACACCCAUUCGGUGCCAAGCCCGUCCCACAGAUGGGAGAUAGGAACACAAGAUCGUACCAGCACGGCGGCCGCCGGGGCUAUGCUCCGCCCACCUCGUACGGGCCAGGAGGGCCCAUAGCCAAGACAAUCCUGCACGUUCCGAUACAAGCACCGCGCGAUGUAAAGCAGGUAGCCCUGAUCCACAAGGUGGUUGAGGCGGUGCUAGAACAUGGUCCCGAGUUUGAGGCACUACUCAUGUCUCGCCCAGAAGUUCAAAAGGACGAACAGUGGGCGUGGAUCUGGGAUGCCCGGAGCGAAGGUGGCGUGUGGUACAGGUGGCGCCUGUGGGAAAUUGUGACCGGUCUUAACACCAGACGGAGCAAGUCAGGCAAUUUCGUCCCGGUGUUUGAGGACAGCCAUGCGUGGAAGCUGCCCGAAAAACCUCUGCUGUAUGAGUACACGACGUCUAUCGACGAGUUCGUUUCCGAUCCAGAGUACAACUCAUCCGAAGACGACGAAUCCGAGAACGAAGGCACCAAACCAGGGGAGAAGGCUGAGGAACCAAUAACGUAUCUGAACCCUCUUGACAAAGCCAAGUUGACGCAUCUCCUCACCCGACUCCCAACGAGUCUUACCCGCAUUCGCAAAGGCGACAUUGCCAGAAUCACGGCGUUUGCCAUCACACAUUCGAGCCGUGGCGCAGAUGAAGUCACCAGUUUGAUCGUAUCUAAUAUUGUGAACCCGCUUGCAUUGACCGUCCCUGCAUCAGAACGGAUCAAGAGCCACAACGACGAUGCGGAAGAUCUUGGCCGAUCUGCCGAGGAGACCACGGCCAAAGCAGCGGAGGCACAAGACCGUAGCGGAGCCAGUCUCGUUGCUCUCUAUGUCGUCAGUGACAUCCUCUCAUCUUCGGCAACAAGUGGCGUGCGGCAUGCUUGGCGCUUUCGUCAGCUGUUCGAGCAUGCGCUCAAGCGUCACAAAGUCUUUGAGGUCUUGGGACUCAUGGCGGACAGGAAUGACUGGGGACGUCUCAGGGCUGACAAGUGGAAGCGAAGCAUUGGAUUGGUCCUGGAUCUCUGGGAAGGCUGGUCUGCCUUUCCAAUCGAGAGCCAGCGUUUCUUCGUCGACACGUUCGAGAAUCCGCCAUCGGCCCGGCGGGAAGAAUCAGUAGAGGCACAAGUGAAGAAGUCGAAAAAGUGGAAGACAGUUGAAGCGGGCGCUGCGCCUGCGGCUGACAGUGGAGGAUUCAAACCUUUGCCAGCGUCAGAUGUUGUAGAUGACACCAUGGAUGACGAAGAAGACGACAUGUACGGUUCGGAGAUGGACACAGAUAUUGACGGGGUGCCCAUGGACGAGGACAAGGACGGCAGUGAGGGAGAUGGAGAACCUAUGGACGAGGACAAGGCACAGAUCGAGACAACGUUGACAGCCGCCGAGAAGGAUCCUGUGCCACCGGAGGAGGCACCUAGGCCACGAAAGCGCUUGACAGCAGCCGAUAUGUUUGCAGAUUCCGAUACAUCAGACUGA